AUGGUUGAGACUAAGGUUGAGCCCAAGGUCAAUCAGUCACGCCGUGAGCUACUGGAGUGGUUGCAGCAAGACUUUAAAUGCGGGAUUUGCCGUAUUGAGGAGUGCGGAAAUGGCUCGAUCUAUUUGCAGAUUUUGGACCGACUAUACCCGGGGACCGUGCCCAUGCACAAAAUCAACUGGAGUGCCACGGCAGAGUACGAAGUCAUCAAGCACUACAAGAUCCUUCAGGACGUCCUAAAGGGCAUCGGUCUGUCCCGAGGCUUCGACAUUGACGGCUUGGCUCGAGGUAAAUACCAGGACAACUUGGAGUUUCUGCAGUGGCUUCGAGCAGUUUAUGACAAGAAGCUGCCCAAGUCACCCCCCGAAUACGAUCCAGAAGCCAGACGCAAGCUCAGCUCCCAUCCCCUACCAGCGUGGAUAAAGCAAAAAAACAAAUCAUCUGCUGCUUCGACUGUCGCCAGCCGAAAACUCGUCAAAAAAGAACCUUCCGCACUUCCUCCGGUCGACCCAGUGUUCCCCCAUCACCAUCUCACGUCGCACCUUCCCCCUCACGUCAAUACGCAGCAGUAUGCUCUUUACGAAAGUAAGCCCGCAUAUUCUCGCCAACGUUUAUUCAAACAUUUAUUCUGCCCAAACACUUUGCCAAUGCAAAUCUUGGGCAAAGUCCCAAGCAACAUCCCCACACACCUGCCCCCUCUGUGGAAUGCAUCAUGGGCGCCGUUCGCAUUAGAUAAGCUUAAAGCGAUUUCCGCUGUUUGUCAAGCGACAGAUGACAGUCAGUUUGUUGACAAAGCUAUUCUGGAAUACAUCUUGUAA